UCUGUACCCAAAAUCCCUUCCUCUUCUCUUCACUUUUGCAAAUAUUUAUCAGGUACCUAACAUACACUGAUUCAUUCAUCAAAUAUUUAUGGAGUACCUUUGUUUCAGGGGCUAGCUUCGAUGAUGCAACAAAAAACAUUUUCCAUGGUGAAGCCCUUGUAUUGUAUGUAGUCCAGGGAAGACAGAAGAAUGAUGAAAAUGGAAAUUGCUCAGGGGAAGGAAUUGAAUUCCCUACAACAAAUUUGUAUGAAUUGGAAAGCCGUGUUUUGACUGAUCAUUGGUCUAUCCCAUACAAGCGGGAAGAAUCACUAGGCAAAUGUCUGUUGGCUUCUACCUACUUAGCAAGACUUGGUCUUUCAGAGUCUGAUGAGAACUGCAAAAGAUUUAUGGAGCGGUGUAUGCCUGAGGCAUUUAAGAAGCUCCUGACAUCAAGUGCUGUUCACAAGUGGGGUACUGAAAUUCAUGAAGGAAUCUACAACAUGUUGAUGCUACUAAUAGAAUUGGUUGCAGAGAGAAUAAAACAGGAUCCAAUUCCUAUUGGUCUCCUAGGAGUGCUUACAAUGGCUUUCAAUCCUGAUAAUGAAUACCACUUUAAAAACAGAAUGAAAGUGUCUCAGAGGAAUUGGGCAGAGGUGUUUGGAGAGGGAAAUAUGUUUGCUAUUUCACCUGUAUCUACUUUCCAAAAGGAGCCUCAUGGAUGGGUUGUGGACUUGGUAAAUAAGUUUGGAGAAUUAGGUGGAUUUGCAGCAAUCCAAGCCAAACUCCAUUCAGAAGAUCUAGAACUUGGGGCUGUCUCAGCACUGGUGCAGCCCUUAGGGGUGUGUGCAGAGUACCUGAACUCCACCGUGGUACAGCCUAUGCUAGACCCAGUCAUCCUUACCACAAUUCAGGAUGUUCGGAGUGUUGAGGAGAAAGACCUCAAAGACAAGAGAUUGGUUAGCAUCCCUGAGCUCUUGUCUGCCAUUAAGUUACUCUGCAUGCGUUUCCAACCUGAUCUGGUGACGAUUGUGGAUGACCUUCGCCUUGACAUCCUUCUGAGAAUGCUGAAAUCACCACAUUUUAGUGCUAAAAUGAAUUCCCUCAAAGAAGUAACCAAACUAAUAGAAGAUAGUACCUUAUCCAAGUCUGUGAAGAAUGCUAUAGAUACAGACAGAUUACUGGAUUGGCUAGUUGAAAACUCAGUUCUGUCAAUUGCACUGGAAGGCAACAUAGACCAAGCACAAUACUGUGAUCGCAUAAAGGGAAUUAUUGAACUCUUGGGCAGUAAAUUGUCAUUAGAUGAGCUCACGAAAAUUUGGAAAAUACAAUCAGGACAGUCCUCUACGGUGAUUGAAAACAUUCACACUAUUAUUGCUGCAGCAGCUGUGAAGUUUAAUGCAGACCAGCUUAAUCAUUUGUUUGUUCUUAUUCAGAAGAGCUGGGAGACUGAGAGUGAUAGAGUAAGACAGAAGCUGUUGAGUCUGAUUGGACGGAUUGGCCGGGAAGCUCGAUUUGAGGCUACUUCUGGAAAGGUGUUAGAUGUGCUCUGGGAACUGGCUCACCUUCCAACCUUGCCCAGCAGCCUUAUUCAGCAAGCCCUGGAGGAGCACCUGACAAUCCUUAGCGAUGCCUAUGCAGUGAAGGAAGCCAUCAAGAGGAGCUACAUCAUUAAGUGCAUUGAAGACAUUAAAAGGCCUGGAGAAUGGUCAGGUUUGGAAAAAAACAAGAAAGAUGGAUUCAAGUCAUCUCAACUUAAUAAUCCGCAGUUUGUAUGGGUGGUACCAGCUUUGCGUCAGCUCCAUGAAAUCACUCGCUCAUUUAUAAAACAGACCUAUCAAAAGCAAGACAAGAGCAUUAUUCAAGACCUGAAGAAAAAUUUUGAAAUAGUCAAAUUGGUAACAGGAAGUUUACUAGCUUGUCAUCGACUUGCAGCAGCUGUGGCUGGGCCUGGAGGUUUAACUGGCUUGACACUGGUGGAUGGCCGCUACACUUACCGGGAGUAUUUAGAGGCACAUCUGAAAUUUCUGGCAUUUUUCUUACAAGAAGCUACAUUGUAUCUUGGGUGGAACCGAGCCAAGGAAAUCUGGGAAUGCCUUGUGACUGGCCAGGAUGUCUGCGAAUUAGAUCGAGAGAUGUGCUUUGAGUGGUUUACAAAAGGGCAGCACGAUCUCGAGAGUGACGUUCAGCAGCAGCUCUUCAAGGAGAAAAUUCUGAAAUUGGAGUCAUAUGAGAUCACUAUGAAUGGUUUCAACUUAUUUAAGACUUUUUUUGAAAAUGUGAAUCUCUGUGAUCAUCGAUUGAAAAGACAAGGAGCUCAAUUGUAUGUAGAAAAGCUGGAAUUGAUAGGAAUGGAUUUCAUUUGGAAAAUAGCAAUGGAAUCACCUGAUGAAGAAAUUGCUAAUGAAGCUAUUCAAUUAAUCAUAAACUACAGUUACAUUAAUCUAAAUCCUAGGUUAAAGAAGGACUCAGUGUCUUUACAUAAGAAAUUUAUUGCUGAUUGCUAUACAAGACUAGAAGUAGCCAGUUCAGCACUUGGUGGCCCCACUCUAACACAUGCUGUGACUCGAGCAACAAAAAUGCUCACUGCAACUGCCAUGCCAACUGUAGCAACAUCAGUUCAGUCUCCAUAUAGAUCAACAAAACUCGUGAUAAUAGAGAGAUUGCUUCUUCUGGCAGAACGCUAUGUGAUCACAAUAGAGGAUUUUUACUCUGUUCCACGAACUAUUCUACCUCACGGUGCCUCAUUUCAUGGACAUCUUUUAACUCUUAAUGUUACCUAUGAGUCUACCAAAGAUACCUUCACUGUAGAGGCUCACAGUAAUGAAACCAUAGGCAGUGUCCGGUGGAAGAUAGCCAAGCAGCUGUGCUCUCCUGUGGACAACAUCCAGAUAUUUACGAACGAUAGUCUGCUGACAGUGAAUAAAGACCAAAAGCUCCUCCACCAGCUGGGAUUUUCUGAUGAACAAGUUCUUACUGUAAAGACUUCUGGUAGUGGGACCCCUUCCGGGAGCUCUGCAGAUUCUUCAACCAGCUCCAGCAGCAGCAGCAGCGGGGUUUUUAGUUCAUCAUAUGCCAUGGAACAGGAGAAAUCUCUCCCUGGUGUAGUGAUGGCACUUGUAUGUAAUGUGUUUGACAUGCUGUAUCAGCUUGCCAAUCUAGAGGAGCCAAGGAUAACUCUACGAGUACGGAAGCUCCUGCUUUUGAUACCCACUGAUCCGGCCAUUCAGGAAGCCCUUGAUCAGCUGGAUUCUUUAGGCAGAAAGAAAACUUUGCUCUCUGAAACAAGCUCCCAGUCUUCAAAGUCACCAUCCCUGUCAUCAAAGCAACAGCAUCAGCCCAGCGCCAGCUCCAUCUUGGAGAGUUUGUUCCGCUCUUUUGCUCCUGGCAUGUCAACCUUCAGGGUGCUCUACAAUUUGGAAGUUCUAAGCUCCAAGCUCAUGCCAACAGCUGAUGAUGACAUGGCAAGAAGCUGUGCAAAAUCCUUCUGUGAGAACUUUCUCAAAGCAGGAGGUUUGAGUUUGGUUGUAAAUGUCAUGCAGAGAGAUUCCAUCCCAUCAGAAGUAGACUAUGAGACAAGGCAGGGUGUUUAUUCUAUCUGUCUACAACUUGCAAGGUUUUUACUUGUCGGACAGACAAUGCCAACAUCAUUAGAUGAAGACUUCACCAAAGAUGGCAUAGAAGCACUUUCAUCCCGUCCAUUCCGAAAUGUCAGUCGGCAGACAAGCAGACAGAUGUCCCUGUGUGGGACCCCAGAAAAGUCAUCCUACAGACAGUUGUCAGUAUCUGACAGGUCUUCCAUUAGGGUUGAGGAAAUCAUCCCUGCUGCUCGAGUAGCAAUACAAACUAUGGAAGCGACUGAUUUCACUGCCACUGUUGCUUGUUUCAUGAGACUGUCAUGGGCUGCAGCUGCAGGACGACUUGACCUUGUUGGAAGUAGCCAGCCGAUUAAAGAAAGUAAUUCUCUGUUUCCUGCUGGAAUUAGAAACAGACUCAGCAGUUCAGGAAGCAAUUGCAGCUCUGGCAGUGAAGGAGAGCCAGCAGCCCUGCAUGCUGGGAUCUGUGUCCGGCAGCAGUCUGUGUCUACCAAAGAUGCCCUGAUUGCUGGAGAGGCUUUGUCUCUUCUUGUUACAUGCCUGCAGCUUCGGAGUCAGCAACUAGCAUCUUUCUAUAAUUUGCCAUGUGUUGCUGAUUUUAUCAUUGACAUUUUGCUUGGAUCACCAAGUGCUGAGAUCCGCCGGGUCGCCUGCGAUCAGCUCUAUUCUCUUAGUCAAACAGACACUUCAGCCCAUCCAGAAGUGCAGAAGCCAAAUCAGUUCCUCUUAGGCGUCAUUCUGACAGCUCAGCUGCCUCUCUGGUCCCCAACCAGUAUCAUGAGAGGAGUCAAUCAGAGACUGCUGUCUCAGUGUAUGGAGUAUUUUGAUUUGCGGUGCCAGUUAUUAGAUGAUCUGACAAAUUUCUACUUCCUCACUUAUACCCCCUUCUCAGCUUCAGAAAUGGAACAGUUACGAAUCAGCCCAGCUACCAUGCUUGAAGAUGAGAUUACAUGGCUGGAUAACUUUGAACCUAAUCGAACUGCGGAAUGUGAAACCAGUGAAGCAGACAACAUCUUAUUGGCAGGACAUUUGCGGCUCAUUAAGACCCUGCUUUCACUCUGUGGGGCAGAAAAAGAAAUGCUUGGUUCAUCACUCAUUAAACCAUUGUUAGAUGACUUCCUUUUCCGAGCUUCUAGAAUUAUUUUAAAUAGUCAUUCUCCAGCUGGCAGUGUCGCCAUCAGUCAACAGGACUUUCAUCCAAAGUGUAGUACAGUAAAUAGCCGAUUGGCCGCCUAUGAAGUACUUGUGAUGUUAGCUGACAGCUCACCUUCCAACCUUCAGAUUAUUACAAAAGAACUGCUUUCAAUGCAUCAUCAGCCUGACCCUGCUCUCACCAAGGAGUUUGAUUACCUUCCCCCAGUGGACAGCAGAUCCAGUUCAGGGUUUGUGGGGCUGAGGAACGGUGGUGCUACUUGUUACAUGAAUGCAGUCUUCCAGCAGCUGUACAUGCAGCCCGGACUCCCUGAGUCACUUCUUUCAGUGGAUGAUGAUACAGACAAUCCAGAUGACAGUGUGUUUUAUCAAGUACAGUCCCUCUUUGGACAUUUGAUGGAAAGCAAGCUGCAGUAUUAUGUGCCUGAGAACUUCUGGAAGAUCUUCAAGAUGUGGAACAAGGAGCUCUAUGUGAGAGAGCAGCAGGAUGCAUAUGAGUUCUUCACCAGUCUCAUUGAUCAGAUGGAUGAGUAUCUCAAGAAAAUGGGACGAGAACAAAUUUUUAAGAAUACUUUCCAGGGCAUCUAUUCUGAUCAGAAAAUCUGUAAAGAUUGUCCUCACAGAUACGAGCGUGAGGAAGCUUUCAUGGCUCUCAAUCUAGGAGUUACUUCUUGCCAAAGCUUGGAAAUCUCUUUGGACCAGUUUGUUAGAGGUGAAGUUCUAGAAGGAAGUAAUGCAUACUACUGUGAAAAGUGUAAAGAAAAGAGAAUAACAGUGAAAAGAACAUGCAUUAAGUCUUUACCUAGUGUGUUGGUAAUUCACCUGAUGAGAUUUGGCUUUGACUGGGAAAGUGGACGAUCCAUUAAAUACGAUGAACAAAUACGGUUUCCCUGGAUGCUAAAUAUGGAGCCUUACACAGUCUCAGGAAUGGCUCGCCAGGAUUCAUCUUCUGAAGUUGGUGAAAAUGGGAGAAAUACGGAUCAAGGAGGUGGAGGAUCCCCACGGAAAAAAGUUGCCCUCACAGAAAACUAUGAGCUUGUUGGUGUGAUUGUACACAGUGGGCAGGCACAUGCAGGCCAUUACUACUCCUUCAUUAAGGACAGGCGGGGGUGUGGAAAAGGAAAGUGGUAUAAAUUUAAUGACACUGUUAUAGAAGAAUUUGACCUAAAUGAUGAGACCCUGGAGUAUGAAUGCUUUGGAGGAGAAUAUAGACCUAAAGUUUAUGAUCAAACAAACCCAUACACUGAUGUACGUCGAAGGUACUGGAAUGCCUACAUGCUUUUCUACCAAAGGGUGUCUGAUCAGAACUCCCCUGUAUUGCCAAAGAAAAGUCGAGUCAGCGUUGUAAGACAGGAAGCUGAGGAUCUCUCUCUGUCAGCUCCAUCUUCACCUGAGAUUUCACCUCAGUCUUCUCCUCGGCCCCAUCGGCCUAAUAAUGACAGGCUUUCUAUUCUAACCAAGCUGGUUAAAAAAGGUGAGAAGAAAGGACUGUUUGUGGAGAAAAUGCCUGCCCGAAUAUACCAGAUGGUGAGAGAUGAAAACCUCAAGUUUAUGAAGAAUAGAGACGUGUACAGUAGUGACUAUUUCAGUUUUGUUUUAUCUUUAGCAUCGCUUAACGCUACCAAAUUAAAGCACCCAUAUUAUCCUUGUAUGGCAAAGGUGAGCCUGCAGCUUGCCAUUCAGUUCCUUUUCCAAACUUACCUACGAACAAAGAAAAAACUCAGGGUUGAUACUGAAGAAUGGAUUGCUACUAUUGAAGCAUUACUUUCCAAGAGUUUGGAUGCUUGUCAGUGGCUUGUUGAGUAUUUUAUUAGCUCUGAAGGACGAGAAUUGGUAAAGGUUUUCUUGUUGGAGUGCAGUGUGAGAGAAGUACGCGUCGCUGUGGCCACCAUUCUGGAGAAGACCUUAGACAGUGCCUUGUUUUAUCAGGAUAAGUUAAAAAGCCUUCAUCAGUUAUUGGAAGUCCUGCUUGCUCUUUUGGAUAAAGAUGUCCCAGAAAAUUGUAAAAAUUGUGCUCAGUACUUUUCCCUAUUCAACACUUUUGUACAAAAGCAAGGUAUCAGGGCUGGAGAUCUUCUUCUGCGGCACUCGGCACUGCGACACAUGAUCAGCUUCCUCCUUGGAGUCAGUCGGCAAAACAGUCAGAUACGCCGAUGGAGUUCAGCACAAGCACGGGAAUUUGGGAAUCUCCACAACACUGUUGCAUUGCUGGUGUUGCAUACAGAUGUCUCUUCCCAGAGGAAUGUUGCUCCUGGCAUAUUUAAACAACGACCACCUAUUAGUGUUGCUCCCUCAAGUCCUCUGCUGCCCCUCCACGAGGAAGUAGAAGCCUUAUUGUUCUUGUCUGAAGGGAAACCUUACCUGUUAGAGGUCAUGUUUGCUCUUCGAGAGCUGACUGGCUCCCUCCUGGCCCUCAUGGAGAUGGUGGUAUACUGCUGUUUCUGUAAUGAGCACUUUUCCUUCACGAUGCUGCAUUUCAUUAAGAACCAGCUAGAAACUGCUCCACCCCAUGAGUUAAAGAAUACAUUCCAGCUACUACAUGAGAUACUGGUCAUUGAAGAUCCCAUACAAGUAGAGCGAGUCAAAUUUGUAUUUGAGACAGAAAAUGGCUUACUAGCGCUGAUGCACCACAGUAACCAUGUGGACAGCAGCCGUUGCUACCAGUGUGUCAAAUUCCUUGUUACUCUUGCUCAAAAGUGUCCUGCUGCUAAAGAAUACUUCAAGGAGAAUUCCCAUCACUGGAGUUGGGCUGUGCAGUGGUUACAAAAGAAGAUGUCAGAGCAUUAUUGGACUCCACAGAGCAAUGUCUCUAACGAAACCUCAACUGGAAAAACCUUUCAGCGAACCAUCUCAGCUCAGGACACAUUAGCAUAUGCCACAGCUUUAUUGAAUGAAAAAGAGCAAUCAGGAAGCAGCAAUGGGUCAGAGAGCAGUCCUGCCAAUGAGAAUGGAGAGAGACACUUGCAACAGGGUUCAGAAUCUCCCAUGAUGAUUGGUGAAUUAAGAAGUGACCUUGAUGAUGUUGAUCCGUAGAGCAGUGUGUCUAGAAGGGAUGCUCAGCACCUUUUAGAAACCAGAAUCUCAUCCUUGAAGCCCUUACAAGAGCCUGGAGUCUGAGCCGGGAGUGUGAUGGAGGACCAUGUGUUCUGGAAGGAAGCCUUCUCUAGCCACUAGAAGGUUGGGAGCUGCCUGGCAGUGGGAGAAUCCUGGCGUGUGGACCAGCUGUCCUAGGGUGUACAUGUGCACCGACACAUCGUUUUAGGAAAUACAGCUGGUGGCAAACUUCUGACACAUGAACAUAGGAGAGUAAGGAUGAAGGGAUAAAGCUAUGGCUUUCUCUGUGACAUGGGGGCAGGGGGGACCUUUGGUUUUUAUAUUUUUAGGUAUGUGAGGGAAAAUUUUUAAUCUGCAGUAACAUUGAAUAGUAAUAUCCAAUUUAGAAUAAUGUAAAGAUAUGUGGUAAAAAUCCCUUUCAUUGUAAAAUAGUAAUUGAAUCCAGUUUACAUAGACCUUUGUAUUUAAUAUGUCUCCCUCUUUGUACAGAAUUUCUGGUUUUGUCUGGUUACGAGCCCUCGGCAUAGUCUUAGAUCUUGAUGACAUGUUAGUAGUAUCAGAAAUUGUGGCAUUAUUAAGCUCUUUAAGGUAUUUUCUGAUUCAAGAUUGAAAAGAGCAAUAAUAAGUUUAAAACAAAACAAAAAGCUAUGUUCUCUAGAAGUAUAGGGUGCAUUCUCUGACAUCAAUCACUGAAAAGUGAUGGAUUGUUCCCAAAAUAAAAUUUUAAAACAGCAAAAUUAAAAGCACUUUAUAAUUUUAUUGAGUUUGACUUCAUAAAAUUAUCUUUUUAAUGCUCGGAGACAUAUUGAAUAAACUCGUCUUAAGUCAUGUGAUCUGCAAUCAUUUGUUUUAAACAUAAUUCCUGUGACCUUGUAUUGAUUAUAUAUUGAGUUAAGUACCUAGGCUGGGAGCUGCUGCUUUGUGAGAUUAAUCCUAAUUUUACUGCAGAGAAAGAAUUCAAGACUUUGUUUCUCCUUGACAUGACUGAAACUGACAAGGCAAGAUUUAAAACUUACUUUCUCUGAAAUAACUAAAAAAUAAUUAGACACCAUCCAUUUAGUUGUAUUUGCCAACAUGGCAUCAGUCACUCAUUUCAGACUGGGGUUACACAGCCAUGUCCUGUGUUCUUUUCAUUUUGUAUUUUUGAAUUGCUCAGUUUCAGCCGUAUUUCACUUCAGUUACAUGUUCUGCCUUAUUUUCCACUUGCCAUGCACAGAGCUAAAGAAGCCUCUGGAAGUGCCAGGCUGCCACUGUCAGCUAGAUUUGCCAAGUCAUAGAGGCACAGCCAGUCCCUAAGUGCCUUUUUGGUUGCUUUUGCAUUGUGGGGACACAUGGCAGGCAGGUGGCAUUCCCUGCUGUGCUUCAGGGACCCUUCAUUUCACUGUUGAGCAAUAGCUGGCUUUGGUUGUAGGUUCUGUAGCCUAACACAGGCCAGUGCCAACUUUGGUCAGACUCACAAAGAUAGAAGGGCCAGCAUGUAAGAGCAGAGCUGUGUCCUCGGGGAAACAGAGACAAGUGGCAGCAGAUCUGGUCUGGUUCUGGUGUUCUUACACUUUUGAAUGUGAAGGUCUAAAAUUGAUUUUGAAUACCUGAACACCCGUGUCCCAUUGUUUCCCUUCCUGAUUCACCAUCUCUUCACACCCAUGCUUGCAGAAAGAUUGUGUGGGACAUGCAUUGAAAUGCUGGUGAUGAUACAUGGUGGGAUAUCGUUGCCGGCAACUGCACUCAGGAGCCCGAAUUCAGGAGUGAAAUUGCCACUUCUAGUCAGUCCCUUUAUUUCCUAUGGAAACAACGCCUUCCUUCUACCCCUGCGCCUGCUGUCCUCACAUACAGCUGCAUCAGGAUCGCCAGCACUGUUCACUUUGGUCCAUCUUCUUCUCGUUGCUGCAUUGAGCAUCUUUUCCAUAUUACCAGUAACCACUUGAUUACCAACAGCUGCAGUCCACUAACCUACUGAGGACUUUUUUAAAUGUAGUACCACAAAGUGACAAUUAUGGCAGGCUUGCCUUGGAAGAGUUAACAUUUUUACUGCCAAUUUUUGGAUGAAGAUGUUUUUAUAAUCUUUUACAGUGGUCUGCAAUCAAGCAGGAAUUGCACAAUUGACUCAACGCUGUGUGUUCUCAAGAAGCUCUUGCAGUCCAGGCUGACCUCAGGACUGCUAUCCUGCUCCUAAGGCAUCCUGGAACAGACAGAUGAGCCUCCCACAGGCAGCUUGCCUGUAGCUCCCCAGGUGGACUCUAAUGGUUGCCAACAGCUAGUAGCUGUAAAACCCAGAGCUCGAGCCACCAGACUCAGCUGGCUUGCCCCACCCUCCCUGCUAACACCGAGGCGUGUGCAGCAUCUUUUGAGCUUGGAACAAGCAGACUGGAAUUUUCCUCUGCUACCUCUUGUGUACAAAAUCUUGUUUAUAAAAUUUCGAAAGGAAGUAGAUUAACUAGGGACGACUCUGGAUUCUAAAUUUGGUUCAUGUGUGGUGGAGUUCUUAGCUUCUAAAAGUAGGAAAUAAAUUUUUCAAAAAUGUA